AUGUUAAGAACUGCUGUAGCUGUUGGAGCAUUCUCAUCACUAGAUGAGAAUGAAGAAUUAGAAGACUCAGAGCAGAAAUCAAGUUCAAAUCACUUCAUAAAUUCAUCAAGCUGUGAGUCUGAUGAAACAUCUGCUUCUGAGUCUAUACAUGAAUUCACAGCAGCUAGUGAAAGAACCCCAAGCCUUCAGCCUCAAAUGCCUACUUUUAAUGCAAUUGAUAUGAUUACAAUGAGUGUAGCAGAUUUAUUGAUCUUUUGUCAACAAAUGACACAUCAGAAUGCUUCAAAUAUCAAUAAUGAUAUCUCUGCAGAUGAUUUCAAAUCUCAGAUCUGUGAAUAUCAAAAGAAUGUCCAAAGAGCUAUAGAUAAAAUUCUUGUGGAUGUCAAAGUCAUCAGUGAAACUGACAUUCUAAUCAAGAAUCAAUAUGUCUGUUCAGAUGAUAUUAGUCAAAACAUGUUGAACACUGAAAAAUGA